CCAUUCAUAGCAAGCCAAUCAGAGCGGAGCUUACUGGGGUAUUACAUCCAAUAGCGGGGCUGGUUGUUGUUUGGCCCUGUUUCGAACGCGGACAGACAGAAGCAAGUGGACCGGUUUGAAGCUAAGCUAAUUCACCCACAUUACAGCUAGUUAAUUCAGAUUGUUUGUAUUGUUUCCGUUAAAAGCACACGCGCGUAUCUGUUUUCGAAAAAUCAAAGCUACCUGUCAAUAUUUUAGCCAUCAGGCUAAAAAGUAAAACUGUGCAUUUAUUUGGUAAACCACUUCUGUGCUGCUAGCUAAAUUGGCGGCGAUUAGGCGCCAGUCGUGUUUGACAACAGCGCUAUUCAGUCACGUUCCCGGUGUUGUUGUUUGUAGCUGCUGAGUGAACGAUAGCUAAAAUAAAGUUAAGCAUGGCAGAAUUUCUCGAAGAUCCGUCGGUUCUCACCAAAGAUAAACUGAAGAAUGAGCUCACAGUCAACAAUGUGCCACUUCCCAGCGGAGAGCAUAAAAAAGAAGUGUAUGUGCAGCUGUAUCUGAAAAACUUAACCAUACUGAAUAAUAAGAAGAGCCCGCCUGCAGACACCUUCUCCAGCGACGAAGAGUUACCUGCUCCCGUGGUGUCCAACAAAAGUCGAUCUGGAAGAAAAGCUACCAAAAAGACAGACAAGCCUCGCACAGAGGAAGUGGAGGUGACAGAUCUCACUGAUGAAGAUUUAAAACAGCAGCUGGCCAAACAUGGUGUGGACUCGGGACCCAUUGUUGCCACCACCCGUAAAUUGUAUGAGAAGAAGCUGCAGAAGCUUUUGGAUCAGCCUCCAGCUGAACCUGAAGCUCCUACAGACGUCACAGCUCUCCCCAAGGCAGACAGUAACCAGAAUGGCAACACAAAUUCUGACCAGUACAGUGACAAGGAAGAUGAGGAGAUUGCUGCCCCUGAGCCAGAGCCAGUUCCUGUCGUGGAGAAGCCUGUGAGGAGCAGAGGGAAAGCUCCAGUUACCGUCAGAACCAGCAGCAGACGACAAACCAAGGUGGUGGAUGAAAUUAUUACUGAAGAAACCCCUAAGAAGGCCAGCGAUAAUGUUGUUGAAGAUAUUCUUGCCAAUGAAAUAAGCACACCAACAGGCAUGAGUGCGACCUGCAGGCGUCCGAUCCGAGGGGCAGCUGGUCGACCUUUAAAACCAAGUGAAUACUGGCUGGAUGAGUCCCGUGUGCAGCACAGCGUCCACACUGACACCCGCACUUACUCUGAGUCUUUCUCCAGAGUGGGCAGCUCCGUCUCUUCAAGCAAAGCGCCAGCCCGACGAGGCUUCUUGUCUGUGUUGCUCAAGCUCCUGCUCCUUGUUGUGGUGGGUGGUUCUCUCUUCUAUGUCUACCAGAACCUGGGUGUCGAUAACAUCAACACCCUCAAAGGCCUCCUGGACAGCGUCAUUGUCCCCCUUCAGGGCGUUGUGAACAACGCAGCCACCUACCUGGGCAUCGGCAGCAGUGCCGGUGCUACAGAGGGCAUCAACAAGUAAAGACCCUCAGCCGUCUCUAGCAAUGCCCCCGCCGCCUCCCUGCCGCCUGCCACAGCACACCACAACUCAAGCAGUAAUCUUGGCUCACCUCUUCUUGCCCCACAUGGUUGGACAAACGUUAAAGAUUUAAUUGGAACGAUAAACUUUCUCCUCUCUGGAGUCCAGCUUUCCUCCCACCACAAGAGGAAACCGUAGCUUCUGGAUAACACUGUUUUGUGGCAGUCAGAAGAGACUCAUUUUAAUGUUGAUUUUAAUCUGUGAAUUGUUUGUGUCUUUGUGUGUAUUUAACCUGUGUAUGUAGAAACGAGUGCUGAAUGGAGUGGCCAGUUUAUCCAUGCAUGGUUGUAGUUUUUGAAAAUCAUACUGUAGUUUAUAACUCUCUGUGCCAGGUGUUUUUCUGAUGGUGAAGUGCCUGGACACUUUAGCACGUAGUGCCCUCCCAUUUUCAAGCACAAAGCAGUGCUAUUACUAAUACCAGAAUGUUACAUGUGUUUCUGUAUGAAUUUCAAAAUCCGGUCGCAUCACUGCAUGAGGAAAAUCCGCCCACGUUCAGGUUGAGAUAUAAAAAACGUUUUUCAGUGGCUGAUCACUGGUUGAAUCAUUGUAUAUGGGGCUCUAUGAUUAUGACUAAAAUUAUAAUUCUGGUUACUGUAUUGUUAUGAUUUUUACUGUUGGUGGAUUGAAGAGGAAAAUGUAUUAAUCUUGGAUCAACAUCCUCAUCAAUUUACAAACAAUUCUUAAUGAAACGUCUUUUUUAGUAUUGACUAUUGACUUGGCAGUUCCUCCUUCAGGAAACUAAAAUCGCAGUGUUCGAUCAUAGGUUAUUGAUUCUCCAGCCCUGCCAGUGUGCCCGUUUGAGUUUACAUGCUUUGGGUUGUAGUGCUCUGUUGUGCUUUUUUUGUUUUGUUUUUAUUAGAUUUCUAAUCCUUCAGUCCUAUAUGCAGGAUUGGCUGUUGCAGUACAGCCACAUAGCUCACCUCACUGUCUGCAUGUGUCCAGACAUGGCAGAUCUGCAAAGAAGACAUGAAGAAAGUUAAUCCUUUUGGGACAGUAAAUCAAUGUAUUACCUUAAGAACUCUUGACUACUUCUGCCUGAGAAAAUUACCACAAUUAAGAGACUGCAUGUAACUCUCAAAGGGGUUUACCCGCUGGGAGGGAGGAUGUAUUCACUGGAGGUGAUGUUGGGGCUGGGAAGGUUUCUGGGGCAUCUUAUUUUCUAUUUUGAUAUUUUUCUAAAAUGGUGUGUUCAACUUUUCUUAGCACAUUUAAGGUAACAUUUCAAAGCAAUAUGUAAUACAUGAAAGUGAUACUGUACCUUAAUUUGAACCUUGCUGACUUAACACAAGUGAUUCAUCAUCAGGCAGCUCUAAUGGACAGAAAUGCCAGGGGUUAUGUGGGUAAGGAUUUUUAAUCUGUUUAUUUAUGAUAAUGUAGGCAGUGUAUCAUAAAAUAAACGUGGCUGUUACCUGA